CUUCUAUUUCCUCUCGACAUUUGUUUGCAUGUUUAAAUGCUUGUCUAGAAGUAUGUGCAUGCAUCCUUGUGUGUGUUUAUGUGUGUAGUGUACUACAUGUAUCGACAUAACUCUGCAUUAAUGUGUCCUUUAUGUUGAUUUACUUUUGUUUGUCCUAAAUAAAUGUGCUCAUGUAAGCGUUUUAUAUCUGACAUAAAGCUGCCUCUAAGUCUGCCCUGUUUUGAUUAAAACCCUGCCGUCUUGUAAUGGCCAAUCAGUGACUAUUGAUCUUGUGAGUCACUCACUUGGCCCCCCUGAUUGUGCAUUUUGGGUUGUGCCUACGUUCUGAUAAAAGAGAGGAUGAACUGAGAGCUGACAAGUCUUGUAUUUUCUCUUUGCAUGCAUGCUGGUGAUGUUGACUUGCUAUGAUCCCACAGAUCUCAGGAUUAUAACCUCAAUUUGCUGACGGUAAAUAGAAAAAGCCUGCCCUGAAGACUGAAACCACAGAUACAAACCCCCUCCUGGACUACUGAUGAUGGUGCUGAUGUUCAACUAGAGGCUGGUGUCUCAGCUUUGCAAGAAAAACUGCUCAAGUGUCUAACUGUGAGGAUCCACAUUGCAAGAAUGUCCCUGAUCCUACAACUCCUAACACUGAUCCUGGUGGGCUCCAUUAGGGCAGCUCCACAGGUCAUGAAAGCACCAGACGCAGGAGUGGAUAAUAUCAAUAUUUUUAUGACUAUGGCAUGGCAAGUAGCCCAACACAUAAAGACUAAUUCCAGCUGUUAUGUCUGCGGCCUGAUGCCCUUCACAGCUGGAGAAGGUUUACCGCUGAUGGCCUUACCUGCCUCUGACUGUGACACAUGCCACCUGAUGCAUAUUCCCAUAUCUCGGUUUUAUUCUGACACUAAUUGUACCAGAAUCUCCAAGAUGAGACCGCUUAAAUGUUCUGGACAGUCAAACUGCAAAAAAUGUCUCAAAAGUCCCAAGCCGGUUCACGUACAGCUGAUUCCUCAGCGUUUCCCUUGGUGUCUCCAGAAUGACGGUAAUACCCCUGUAGGAAAAUCUGACUGCCUUCAUACGUUCAAAUGGGACCAGGAGCAAACAAGUACUGACUUCAAACCUCUGAAUUCUGUACCCCAGCACUGUUUGGAAGCAGCCGGCCAGGCUCGCCUCAAUGCUCUAGCUCACCGCACUGCGAAAUGCUCCAUCUCCUCUCCUGUAGGAAUGUACUGGGUAUGUGGAAACCUUGCAUACCCGUAUCUUCCUGUGGAUUACAAUGGACGCUGUGGCUUGGCAUACAUCGUCCCGGCUAUGAGAGUGGCUCACGCCCUGCCCAAGAAACCUCAACCUAAACGAGUACGACGUGGACUCUCAGAUAUCUUUGGGACUCAUUAUCAAUCAGCUUUCAAGAACACACUCGGUACCAUUCUUCCUUUUUACGGAGUUAUGUCUGCGUUAGAUCAAAUUGCAGAUUUGUCUCAUGCCAUCGAAGUCAUAGCAAAUGUAACUGGUAAGGCUCUCAUGCUGAUAUCAAGUGAACUCGCCUCUGUUAGACUCCUAGCUUUACAAAACAGAGCAGCUUUGGAUUUUCUUUUAGCAGCCCAAGGAGGAACUUGUGCCAUAAUUGGUUCUGAGUGCUGUACCUUUGUGCCUGAUUAUAAUGCUACGGUUGUUGAUAUAGUAAAUCACCUUCACAAAACUGCUAAGUCCGUUCACCAGGAUGACACUACUUCUUUAUCUGAUUGGCUGAAAACUAACUUUGCAUCAAUGGGUUAUCCUUUUGUUAAGAUGCUGAUUAUUUUUUUUCUUUUCAUUGUGUUUGUGUCUGUGUUUAUAACAUGCGCGAAAAAGUUCCUGUUCAAAUGUUAACUGUGAUUUUCAGAUGUUACAUGACUCUUAUGUCACAAUACAACUAUAACAAUGUGCUUCAUAACACAAUGAUGAGUACAUGUUUUGUUUUAUCAGCUUCACUCAAAGUUGGUGUUUGUACUUGCAAAUUGGUAAAUGCAUCUACCUGUGACAUUCUCCUGUACAUUUUAAUCAAUAGGACAGAGGGGUAUGAUGUAUUUGUAGACUACAGUAUUUGUAUUAGGAAAGUGAAUGGAAUUUUUAGAUAUGUUUCCAAGUAUAAAGGUGCCAUAAACCAGAAUGUUACAUUAUACUUCUGUGUUGUUAUUUCCUCUGUUUCAUUUUUAUAUAAAAGGCCUCACUUCUAAGAGCUCAAUUGUGUGCACAGUUGCCAAAGAAAUCAUUUACAUUUGGUGUCGUGCACCUGUGAGGCAGUUAAAGAUCCUCAUUUCCAGGUCGCCUGUCUUUG